AUGUCCUCCUUAUACUUCCAAACCACGCCUGCCAUCUCCAUUCAUGCCCGGCUUACCCUCCCGACGGAGGCGAACAGCCAAAAGCCUUUAAUUGUCUUUCUUCACUACUGGGGUGGCAGCUCUUCAACAUGGCACAAGCUCACCACACCUGACACACCAACCUCAAUGGCGGCGUUAUACCCGACACUUGCCAUCGAUCUCCGAGGUUGGGGUAAAUCGACCGGACCAGCCGGCGUUCACGAGAAUGAGUAUUCUAUUACAGCGAUGGCAAGCGAUAUCGCUACUAUUCUGUCUCAAAUGAAGACAGAAUCCAAUCAUGAAGACCGUUUCCAACAUGGCUUCGUCUUAGUGGGCCACUCAAUGGGCGCGAAGAUCGCACUCGCAUCCUUGUCUCUUCUAUCCCACGAUACACAGGCUCUUUUGAAAGGUCUUAUUCUUGUCGCACCCGCGCCGCCUACAGCCUUAGAUCUCCCUGCCGAUAUGAAGGCCCAGCAACAGGUUGCAUAUGAAUCUGAAGAGGCUAUUCGGUGGACUAUUGCAAAUGUCCUGGCGAACUCUGAGAAUCUGACCGAUUCCGAUACUUCUCUUAUAGUCCAGGAUAGUCUGGGCGGUAACUCAUUGGCGAAGAAAGCUUGGCCGAUGUAUGGGAUGCAAGAGGAUGUUUCUCAGCAAGCGGCGCAGGCCUUAAGUGCUUACCAUGAUCUCCGGGCGAGUGUAAUAGUGGGAGAAUUCGACGUUGUCGAGCCAAAGGAGCGAGUCGAGGCUGAAGUUGUCAAUUUUCUUACCAGGAACAAAGUGGAGGUGACUUUAAAGACGGUCAAAGGGGCGAAGCAUUUGAUUCCUCUCGAGAAUCCGGUCUCCAUCCACGAGGAAGUGUGCAAGUUCUGA